GCUGAUGAACUGAACAACUUCGUGGGGCAGGAAGCAGCAGCGAAUUUACACAGUUCAGCAACAUCGGCGAUUGUGGCCGACGUGGACAGUGAAUUCACGCCAAUAUCCUUGCACCCUGAAGAAACGAAAAAUCAGCCGACCAGUCAGCCAACGAGACAGGGCUACCUCACAUCGAUUCUUUCCUCUUUGCCGAAUUUAUCGUUGUCGUCGAUCACCAGCGAUACGUCGGUGUCUCAAGCGAAUCAAACAAUCGGGAACGUAAUUGGUUCACAGAAUACAAAUCCUCGUCAUGUGCCUUCGCACGAUCGUCGCGACUCGUUGAGGGACACAUCGCCGCCUGUACUUGCCAAUUUCCACGAUCCACGACGUACGAGUUUCACGGGAUCCGUCGACGUUCAUCCCGGAAACGCCGGAAGUUCGUCAGCACCGCCUGCGCUCCCUUCGUCGACGAAUGGCCCCAUUUCGUAUCGUCUUGGCAACCAAAGACGUUUGAAAUACGCACCGCCGCCCGACUUAACAUCGAACACGUCGAAACAAUACUCCGCACCGGUGGCUCAGCCGCUAGUCACAUCUCACAUCAGCGCAACACCGAGUAUAUUCAAUCCAAACGAACCUGUCGCCCCAUUACCAAGUUACCAACCCGUUGAAACGUCGAUUUCUACGAAUUCACCUUCGUUACAACGUUCCACGCCAGAAUACUUAUCACAAGCCAACUCGUUGCAAGAGUCUUUCAGAUCUAGUCCAGUAGCGACAGGAGUUCCUUACAGUUCUACCGGCACUUCGCGCAGUGUAACGCCCCAGAAUCAAAAUUCCAGUUCUGAAACUGUCGCUGUCAUCGAGAAACCAAGCGUUCCACUGUCCUCGGCCCGAACGAUCCCACCACAAGUUCCAGAACCGAUUACUCCGCAGAACACUCCGGCCAAUGUUUCUUAUUUCGGUUUCGAUGCUGGUCGAGAUUUCCCGUCAAAGACGAUCAAUUUAGAAAAGGAAGCAGUAGUGGUGGCGAGCCAUACAGACUCUCCUUUGCCAAUUUUAAGAGACAGUAGUAUUGUGAGACCCGUUGCGGAACCCAGUGUAACCUUCGGGCCCGUGUCUGCGGUUCAAGUUUCGGAGAAGUUGGAACACUUGCUUGCCGAACGAAAGGAAAGCUCGUCGGGACAACCGGUCGAGACGAAAAUCGGAGAAAGUGUUGCACAGUGUCAAACCAGCGACGAUAUAAAAUUGACUAACGCCGAGCAGAAGAAGAAUCGACCGCAGUCUGACGUGUUUGUGAAACAAGAAACUUCAGAGCAACAACAAGAAGUGCACGAGAAAUUCAAUUUGCCGCAGAGUCAUGGUGUCUCAUCGAAUGUGCAAUCUUCGCAGGAAUAUUAUCAACCUGAACCUUUCGCGUCGAGUGUUAACUUUUUCGCGGGAAAGCCGCCAGAGCAAACUUUGAAUUUCAAUCUCACUGCUGCGACAUCGGUUGCAUCGGUGUCGAGCACUUUCGGCGCACAAUCGGCGAGCUCGUAUUUCCCACCUACAGCGGAACGUACCAGUAGCUCGUCUUACGAUUUGCAGUACAAAGAAAAUAGCACGAAUUAUCCCGUAGACGUAGCUCGUUCGAGAAACGAUUCACAGCAAGUGUCGUUCAAUAGCUCGAAUUUUCCAAGUCCUUUGGUACCGGUAGCUCAGUCAUCUCAGUGGGGCGGUAACCAAACCUCUCAGACUGUGAUCGCAACAUGUAACGCGCCUGACCAGCCUCUGUUCUACAAUAUCGCACAAUUUCAAGACGAUCUGCCGAAGCACGCGCCUGCAAGCCAUUUGUACGCGCCACCGGUGAAGAAUACACCGACGAAUCACGCUCAACAUUAUUUCGACAAUUAUAAUAUAACGAGUGGCAUCGGCGUUGAGUUCUCUGCUACGUCUCCUGCGACGACAAUCGUACCCGAGCCUACAGGUUCGGCUACGUUGAAUCCGGUCCAGAUGUCAGUUAAUCCUCUGGCUGGACGUACCACGACUGAUAGCGUGCCCCCUAGUUUUCAGAAUUUGGCUGCUGGGUCUACAGAUAAACGCAUGCAGUACAGGGAGGUGUAUCACCAUUGGUUUUAUCGCAAGAAGGUGGAACACAAAGUACUAUGGCUCCCGUUCUCUAUGCAGGAUAGCUUGCGUUUAGAGGAGGUUCACAAUUCUAGUGAAAUCACCCCUGAAACGACAGUUGCCACCGAUGGAGGUCGUUACGACGUAGACAUUCUACAUCGUCAGAGAUCCCCUGUUUAUUGGACUGGGGAAUCGACGGAAGUGAGACGAUGCUCUUGGUUCUUCAAAGGGCCUACCGAGUCGAAAUACGUUCCUUACGAUGAAAGUACCGCCGCCAAACUCGAGGAAGAAUAUAAACAAGCAUGCCUGUUGAACAAUUGGAAUCGGAGGAUUGACUUGAACAAUGGGGAGUACAUUAUCUUUCACAGUGCCACGGUUCAGGUCCAUUAUUUGACUGCUGUUUCGCCAGAGCUGACAGCUUCGUGGGGCAGCAGUGGGGGCUCAGAGGACAGUACAUAUUUACAGGGUGCUGGUAGUAGGCCUAGAGUGAUAAAGAGAGGCCUUGACGAAUUCCACAUUGAAGAUGGCGAGCCUGAGACAGUGGAUCAUGUUUUGUUUCUCGUUCAUGGCAUCGGAAGUGUUUGUGACUUGAAAUUCCGAACUGUGGAAGAAGUUGUUGACGAAUUCCGAAGUAUUUCGCUGCAGUUGGUCCAGUCGCAUUAUCGAACCGCCAGUGAACAGAGAAUCGUGAAUAGGAUAGAAGUCUUACCAAUUUCGUGGCACACCACCCUUCAUUCCGAGGAUACCGGAAUCGACAAGAAAUUACAAGCAAUCACUCUGGACAGUAUACCGAAAUUACGACAUUUCACCAAUGACACGUUGCUUGACAUACUUUUCUACACAAGCCCUGUCUAUUGUCAAACCAUUAUGGAAACGGUUGGAAACGAAUUAAAUAGACUGUACGCCCUUUUCAAGAAACGAAAUCCAGACUUCAAUGGUGGAAUUUAUCUGGGCGGCCAUUCUUUGGGUAGCUUAAUUUUGUUUGAUCUUCUGUGCCAUCAAAAACCGCUGUCGGAUGAUACAACGUGUGAAAAUGACAGCGAGACUAACGAAGAACAAAACGAAGAAGAUGUCGAUCCUUGUGAAUCAUCCAAUCAAACGCCGAAACGACGUCUCAGUAAAAAGAUAAGCUACGUAGUAGGUGCUGCCGGGACGGGUCAGCCUUAUAUACAUUAUACGCAGUUACAUUUUCACCCACGUGCCUUUUUCGCUUUCGGCAGCCCGGUUGGUAUGUUUGUGACAGUCCGAGGUAUCGAUAUGCUUGGUGAAGACUUCGUAUUGCCAACGUGUCCUGCCUUUUUCAAUAUAUUUCAUCCAUUCGACCCUGUUGCCUAUAGAGUUGAGGCACUCAUUAAUCCGGAAGCUCCUAAAUAUCGACCAAUGUUGAUUCCUCAUCACAAAGGACGUAAAAGAAUGCAUUUGGAAUUAAAGGAAACAAUGGCGCGUGUUGGUGCGGAUCUGAAACAGAGGCUACUUGAUUCCGUAAGGAACACGUGGAAUUCUGUCUACCAAUUGGCAGUGUUUCAUAAAUCAGAUAACAGUACACUCGAGCGUGAAAUUGAUAAAGUUAUGGAAGAACAAUUGCAACAAACUGUUUCGGAUCAUCAAACUAACGAUGAUGGCGGCGCCGAGUUUAAAGUGGGCAAACUAAAUAGUGGACGGAGAAUAGAUUAUGUCCUUCAAGAAGCUCCGUUCGAGGAGUCCGAAGAUACUAUGCUGAUGAUUCUAAAGGAAAUAUAUGGUUCAACUGGUGUUCAAGCAGAUGCUCAACUUCCACAACAAACGUUGUGUGUUGAGCGAAUGUCUCCCUCGCCAUCAUUGUCAUCGUCCUCUAAAAACGACGGAGCAUCAUCUACGAUGCGUGUUGUAGGAAUGGAUCCUACUGCACCUAUAUCUGAGAAACCCAUUGGUCCACCUCCUAAGAGUGGAUUUGUUAAAAAGUCAUGAUCAAAAUGGAAUCGUUUAAGUUUCCACGAACUGUUUCAUGAUAACGAAAGACAAGAUAAUGUUCAGAAUCUUACGAUUGCUACCAAUCAGAUUGAUGCGGGCAUUGUACCUGACGUUAAUACCAGCUAUAAAUUCUACGAUUAUUGAAAAUCAAAUCUUUCCUGUUUCCUACGAGAGGUAUUGUAAAGUGUUAUUAAAUCGAUAAAACUGCUCCUUAAGAAACUCAACUCCAGUGACCUUGGCUUUCAGGCUUGGUCACCCUGUUGAUUUUAAUUGUUGUUUAUUGUUUGUUACUAAGUUAUUAACAAAAUAACUUUUAUAAGUAGAAUAUGCCAUUUCAGCCAUGGGUGCAUAUUUAGUCCUUAUGCAAUGAAAAAAAUUGUAUAUUCUUUGUAAUUUUUUUUGUAAAAUUUUCAUUUGUACAUUUAAAAUCACAACUUGGCAAAUUGAGUGAGUAUUGCAAUAACGCAUGUAAAGGUCAAGGCCAUUCUAGGGGAUGGAUUCCUCCCUCAAUUUUACUUAUCAAAUCUACUGUAACAUUCGAAAAUAUUUCUCAAGUGGAUUGUUCCUUUGGUGUGUUCUUGAAAUUGCCGUUUAGAUUUGUCGGCCUACGUGACACAACGUUUGAAUCACUAAAACGACUAGCUAACGUUCAUUAAAAUAUAAUUAAAAUGAGCUAUGACAUUCUGAUUAGAUGGAACGUGGGGAUUAUACGUGCAUAUAGAUUAAACUGUUUGUCUUCAGUUGAUAUACACUAUACAUUGUUUCAACAAAUUAGGAACAUACACAUUCGUGAAAAAUUUAAAGGACAUUAACAUAGGACAAGCGAACGAAGAUGAGAGUUUGUAAUACAAAAGAAAGUUAUAUAUAAAGAUUAAUCAUAUUGUUUAUUGUAAAUAUGAUUUAUAAGUGGAUAUAAAGUAAAUAGUAUAUGAAGUUUUUCAAAGUAUGCUUGCAUUAUGAGAAUUUCACUCUACGUUCUCAUCGAUGCAAGAAUUUUAAUAAAAUAUCAUAUUCUUCUA